AUGUCAAUAGCGUAUCGUUUCCUUUCUCGAUUUGCUUCUGGUUACAUCAGACGAACAAUUUGCAAUACAUCUAAUACAUUCAUUCGUCUUAUUCCAAAUGAAAGUCGUCGAUACAAAUCAUCUGAUCUUACCGGUGUAACAUUUUCUCCUAUUCCUGAUGCAGAACUCAAAAUUCAGCUCUAUUAUAAAACACAAGAAAUUAAAAAACGUAAAGAAAAAUUAAAAGUAAUAGCAGAAUCCAUAUGGAAUCAAAAAUCAAAUGUAAAUUAUGCUCGAAUUACUUUCAAUGAAUGUAAGACAAUGUUUGAAGAACAAACAGGUCGUGCACCUUCUUCGUGGGAAGCAAAACAAAUUUAUAGUGUAACAUUGGAAAAAUAUGCACCAUGGCGUCAUUUUCAAGAAGAAAAAGAAAGACAACAACAUGUAACAGCAAUGAUAGAAGAAAUUUAUAGUGAUUUACAAAGGAAAAUGAAAGAAGAAAAAGAUUUAACUUUAUCAAAAAGUGAUAUGACUGUUUUACUUGAAAAGAAACUCGGAGAAUUACCUGUAUCGACAGAUAUUCAAGAUAUGUGGAUGCUUAGAUUUCGUUUACCUCUUGUUAAAUGGAUUGAAUAA